ACAGGUCGAGACGUUUCCCGCGCGGCUGCCCAAGAGCUGCCCCAAGCACCGCGCCAAGCACCGCGCAUUGUGAGGUAGUUGCCCCGACGCAGCGCCCGACACCCGACGCAACGCCCGCGCGACGCGCCGCACGAAACGGAACCAUGGCAUCCCCGACCAAGAAGCCCGUGCUGCUCGACGUGAACGUGAAGAGGGCCAUGCCCGCGUCGCCGCCGAAGAUCGCCAUGAAGCUUGCUGGACGCGCGCCCUCGCCCCAGAAGACGGCGCAGCAGCUCUUCGAGAAGCUCGAGGCGGCCGAAGCGCGCCGCGACGUCGAGCUCGAGGAGAAGAAGUUUAAAGCGCAAGCGAUGGCCACCAUGAAGGGCACUGUUAAAUCCUCGCCGACGAAGGCCGAAAUUGACGAGAAGAUGAAGCAGGCCCAGCGCAACCACGACUUGCGUAUUACGGAGAAAGUGGAACAAGCGGCCCAGGAGACCAUGAAGCUAGAGCAGGCGCGGGAGCGCCGGGAAUUGUUGGAAAAAAGGUCGCGGGAGGUCGCGGCGAUCCAGUACUCGGCGAAGGAGACCGAUGCCGAGCGUCGCUUGCUUGGUUUGGAGAUCCAAAGAGAGACGAAGCGUUUAGUGACGAACAACAAGCGCGAGAAGGUCUAUGAAAGGUUGGCUGAAGAUCGGGAGCGCCGGGCGGCUUUAUUAGAUGAGAAGCUUGAGAGAGCUGCCGAACUAAAAGGCCAGCAUGAUGAUUUGACAAGACUACGAGCGGCGGCGACGUCGACGUGCCGGGUCGCGGCCGCGCAGACGCGCCGCGACGUCGACGACGCCGAGCGCCGCCUGCACGCGGCAGCCGAGACGGCGAACAAGAUGGAGGACGCUCAGAGAAGGAGGGAGAUCGAGCAGCUCGAUAAAGUGGUCCGGGCGGCGUCAUUAGGAUCCGCCGCGGUCGUGACGGCCGCGCGCAGACGGCUGCGCGACACGGACCAGCAGAUGGAAACCGGCGCGCGCAAUUUAGAAAUUAAGCUCACCGGUGCUGAAUUAGAGAGAAGGCGCAAGCUCGAGGACGUCGCGGCCAAAGCUAGAGCCACGGGCACGGCUCGGGUGGAAGCGGCCGCACAGGAACGAAAGUACCGAGAAGAUAGGGCCGAGAUGGACGCCGAGUACCGCCGCAAUCAAGCGAGACUCGCCUCGUCUCGAGCGGAGGACGCGAAGAUGCUCGUGGCCGGCAAGGCCUCGAUGGCCAAUGCCGAGAAAAUGAGAAGACGCCAGGAGAAAGAAAAAAUGGAGUCCGAUUUCUGCGAGGAGACGCGCGCGAAGCUCGACGCGAAGUUGCAAGAUGCGGAGAAGCGCGUCGAGCAGGAGGGUCUGAGAUUGCGCACCAAAUAUCAAGGCGUCCGCCGCGAGACGCCGCCGCCGUCGGACGGGCCCGGCAACUACUUCGCGGAGCACGGCGUGCUCAUCGGGGGCUGCGUCGCCGGUGGGUUGGCCGCGGUCUUCGCGCUGUCUCGAGUGCUCGCGCGCUUCUCCUAGAGGAAACGUGCUCUUUUCCGCGCGCCGGCAGCGGUGCGCGCAAUAACAUCCCCCGUUCUGACUAACCACCUACAUGAACAC